AUAUUCUUAAUGCACACUACAUUUUUGUUGCUUAACAUUUGUAUUUUUAAUAUAGAAAAUUAAAUAAAAACUAUUGAAUAUUAAAAACUCAUACAACUACAACAAAUAUUAAAAUAAUAACAAAACAGCACCAAAAGACACCGAAUAAGAAUCAAAUUAAAAACAGUUUUUGCAUUUAAACCUUUGUGCACUGAAAAACAACGAAGCUGAUUUAACUGUAAAGCAAAAAGUUAACUUUUAUAUUAGGUCUUUAAAGACGGUAGAUCAGUCAAUUGUUCAGCUAGACGAGAUCGAGAAUUAUAUAGUUUAUAUGCUAUAUAUAUAUGCAAAGCUGUUGGAAAUAAUCUAGUUCUUUAUAUUGAAAACUAUUUGGAAUUGAAACUUGUCCAUAUUACGUAUUGAUGAAAAGAGCUAAGAUUGAUAUAAUUGUUUACUUUUUGAAAAGUGUUUAAAUUUCAAACAAAACAAGCCCGGAAAAUGAUCAUAAUAAAAAUGUAACAUAAAAUAAACACUUGUUAAAUUUUAGGCUUAUGCAAUUAAGAAUGUUGAAGUCGAUUGUGAUCGACUGAGCGAUACCCUGUGCGUAGCUAAAAUACGCUUAAAUACUGAAUGCUUGCAAUUUUGAUUGUUCGAUUAAUUGUUACUCAAUAUCUGAGCAUAAAAUUAAUUAGCUUUAAGACUUGGUCGACAGCAGCACGUGGCGCAAGGUACCCAAAAUCGUGGACUGUGUUGUGACUCUCAAAUUGAUUUGCCACAGUUGUGCUAUCAGCAGGUCCCACACAAUGUCUGAUCGCAAAUUUCAUUGGAGACGGUCAAAGCAGUUGGCAUUUCAAGCAAUUGAACCAGCCUAUGGGCCAAUUCAGGUAACCUCCGAGUCAAUGCGCUUGCGACGCGCUCUUGAGGCCAUUGCCGGCCCACUCAAUCAAUGGUGGUGAGGGUCUGGAGAGCGGAUCGUGUUAUUGGCUUGUCAUAUUUAUGCGACAGUUUCGAAAGGCUUUGUUUGUCCGUUGCCGUGCAGACGUGGGAAUGUCUAGGUAAUCCUUGACUCAAAGCUUGCAGCGCAAGCGUUUCCAAUUUGUAGUGGAUUGCAGAAACCCUCCAGGAAACCCGCUGCCUCAACCAAUUAGCGCAUGACAAGCAGCAGCGAACUCGAGAGCCAACAAUAGUGCCCGACCACAAGAUGACUUGCUACCAAUUCAGUGCAUACCACAAGCUGCCCACUACGCGCUGACCAUUUGUCUGGGCCAGUUGUGGCCAGUUGUGGCUGUUGUGGCCAAGGUCGACGGCGAUUCAAAAUAAUUAAUCUCUUAAUUGUCAUCAGCAUCGUCUCGUCAAUGGGAUGCUGUGUGCACGCUGAUGUUGCAUCUUGCUCAAGGUCAGCGGGGGCAGCAAUAGAAGCUCGCCAGAAGCUGCUGCUCCGUUUUGUGGUUGAGGUUUCCGCUCGUGUAAUUGGUAAUGUAAAACCAUUUUUGGGCCAUUGUGUAAUCCGCGAUAAUUACAAUUACAUUUACAAGAGCUGCUUUGUGUAUCGCAUUUCAAAUGUUUCGUCUUUGGCUGCGGCUCGUUUGUAGGCCAUUCUUAUCGAGACUAUCUGCAUAGAAACUUUCACCAACUUGGUAUACUUUAAACGCGCAUAAAUACAUUUCGGAUGUUUGUCUAUGAGCUGUCAUUUUUAUAUGACAUGCAAUUGGAAUUUUAAGUGCAGACGCUUGCGAGUGUUUCGGGUACUCGAAUACAUAGUUAUGAAUGCGGAUCGAAACGUGUUUAGCUAGCAUUUCGGAAAAGCGAACUUCUCAGGCCACAAAUCAUUUCACUUUCACAAGCCUCUCAAGGUCCAAAAAAAAAUGUAAAACAACCCCAUCAAUUUUCUAACAAAGCAAUCGAAUGAAAACAACAAAAAUUAAAACCCUUCAGCAGCCAAGUGCCUGAGCAAGAGCCACAUAAAUUAUACAAAUACUUAUUAUAAUAACAAAAACAAUCAAUAAAUUUAAAAACAUUAUAGCAAAUUGUUAACUGAAGCGCAAUCAACAACAAACUACAAGUGUACACAAAAACAAAAGCCCAAAAAAAAAAACAAUGGCAUUCACUUUCAAAAGAAGGGGAACAAAAUAACAAAACGAUUGACUACAAAAUUGCCCAGUCCAAACAGAAAAAAAAAUAAAAACUAUUGUAAUUAUGCAUAACAAAGAUAUUGGCAAGCCAAAUAUUGAAAGUCUCAAGUGAAGUAGCGCAUCCAAUCGACCCGAACGAUUGAGUUCAUCAUCGACGCCAACUUGGCCAGCUUAACAAGAAGAUUAAUUAAUUACUUUGGUCAAAAUGUGUGUGUAGUUUUUUGUUUUUUUUUUUGUUUCUUGUUGGGCUUAAACAAAUGAAGCGCAAAAUAUUAAAUGGCAACUAAUUUGGCAGUCGAGCUUUAAAGUAAAAGCCAUAGGAAAUGUCUGUAGAUCGCUCAACAAAUUUGCAGCCGCUUUAUACCCUGUAAUUCAAAAUGGGUAUAAAGAGGGAGUUUGAAUUACAGUUUUCGAGAUGUGAUAUUUAAAACUUCAGAUUCUCGCUCUAAUAAACUAUCUUGUAGUUCACUCUCAUUCAAGGUGACUCGUCGGAGAACUUACUCUGUUCUUCAGUAUUUAUGCUGACAAUAUAAUACUCUUGAGCAUAUAUAAAUUUAUUAAUAUUUAAAAAGGAAUAUAUGUUAAAUUAACUCAGACAUCGACAAGCUUUAUUCCCUGACAUAUAGUAUAAUUAAUUUUAACAGGGUAGCAUUAAGCUGAUCAUAAUCUCAUGAAAAUUAGAUGCAUCUGUGAGUUCGCAUAACUUAUAAGUUAGCUCAGCCGAUAAUCCAAAAACUGGAAGUUUUUAAGGGAUAUCUGUCUGUCUGACUAAUAUAGCUCUUACUAUUUUGUAUUUUGGGCAAUCUUCAGAUUAUGGCAGCAACAACAUGAUGAUGAUUGUCGUGCCAGGCAACCACGUGAUGUUUGCAGCUUGCUGAGUGUUGUUGUCGUCGUCGUCGUCGGCAGCAGCAGCAGCAGAGGAAAGAGCAGAGGCAACAGCAGAGGGCACCUGGUGUUGGGCACCCGCCACAGAUCAGCGCGCUUUGUGCAUUUGCAUUCAUUAUGUUUGGCACCGUCGUCGCGACCACAACGCCACCGCACAACGCAGUUGCUCCACUCGCAGCUGGAAGAUCAUCGACAGACAGUUGGAUUCUUAAGCUCAUUUUCAGCACGUCAUUCAAUUUCGGCGAGUGUGUGUGUGCAUGUGUUUGUGUGUGUUGCAAUUUUUGGCGCAUUGAAAAAUAUGUUUGAAAUGUGGAUUUGUGUACCGAACUGCUAACACUUGUUUGCUGAGAACUAGAGUUGUGCCAGGUCGAUUGACUUGACCUUUAGCUGAAAUUCUAUUCAAAUUGUUUGAGAAGAAACAACUUGAUAUGUUGUCACCACAUGUCUUGCACAUAAUUGUGCUGAUCUGUUUGAGCGCUGCUGUCUUUAGCGAAGAGUCGACAUAUGCGGAACGCAACCACAAGAAACGUCAAAUCUAUCGUGAGCAAGUGCUGCCGCAUGCGGGCGGCAAGAUACCCGACACCGCCUUUGAGACGGAUCGUCUGUUCUUGAACCGUCUGCAAAAGGAGGGCAUCUCAGUGCCGGAUGGCAUUGUGCCCGAACAACGGAAUCCGCAGGUAUAUCAAUACUAUAACAAGCCCAUGCGCACCGUUUAUCAUAUUGCGCUCAGCUCUGAUGGACGCUAUACGCCGCGAGAAGGUCGCUAUCAUUACCGCCAGGUGCCCACCGUGGAGACCACCUAUCUGUAUCCGCAGGCCGUGGGUCGUACGUAUGUGUUGGUGCCGCCCAAGCAUGCAUUGCCCGCCUACCGUCAACUGCAGCUGCAUAAUCCGUUGCUUAAUCAAGUGAAAUUCCAGCCCAAGAAAGCGCCCAAUUUUCUGGAACUGGCACCCACCGUGGGCAAGAGUCAUGCAUCCAGCCCAUCCAAGGCGCAGUCUUAUCAAAAUGUGAAUCUACUGCAUGGCCAAGCGCUGCCCGCCUUCAAGAAAACCGCCGGUGGAAGCAAGACCUAUGUGGAUAGCUAUGGCAAAACUCAUCUCUUUAGCGAAUUUGACGAUUUGCUUAACAAACUCGAUUUGAAUCCAGCAGGACAAAAGUUGUAUUAGUUUCACUAAGUUAGAAAGACCAUUUUUUAUAGAGCCUAAGUUUAGUAGAAUACGAUUCAGACAGAAAUUUCCUUUGCGGCAAUGCCUGCAUAUCCAACAAUUAUGAGCCAUACAUCUGUUCGAUUUUUAAAAACAAUUUCCCCCUUUUAUUAUAACAGCCAAUCAUACCAUAGUUAAUAACUAUUUGUUGUGUACAAUUUGUAAUUUAAGUAACGUUGAAAUUUGUUAAGCGUAAAGAAAUAUCUUGCUUGCAAAAUAAACUGCAAUGUAAUGCA